GUUACGUGGCGCUAGUGUUUCGACGGUAAUUUGAUCAACUACUCUGGUCGGUUGCAAACGAAUUUCAGCAAACGAAAAAAAACGGACAAAUAACAAAGAUCAAACUCUCAACGCUAGCUGACGGUGGCACUGCUGAACACAGCUACCGCCAGUGACGGAUAACAUAAUUGAGCAAUAGCGCAUAUCAUUCAUCAACAGUGUCGUUUACCGAUAACGCUAGAGUGUUGCGUGGUUCCAUUUUGUACCAGUAAAAAUUUUCUUUGCGUAAAAUCCCCUCUUUACUAACUACUGUUGGCGAUAUGAAUCGCUUGGACGAGUUGGGAUCGACGCCGAAAAAGCGUACCCUGCAGCAGGAUGAAACUACCGUGAGAGAAGCAACCACAAAAUCCGGCCGAAAGGUUAGGCGUCCAGCGCAUCUUGGCUCGCCGGAACGAGCACCGAGUGUAUCGCCUUCUGAAGCUAGAAAAUCUGUAGCCGUGAGAGCAAAGAAAGCAGUGGAGCUUAGCGCCGGUACACCAAGUAAGCGAGCGGUGACGAAGGAGCAAAUUUCUCCGGUAGAGGCAAAGGGCGCACGCAAAACCAUCACCAGAAAAACUAUCUCCGAACAUUUGGACACUCCGACGAAGAACAAGGAAAAGAUCGAAAAGGGAAAUACGGUGGAAGAUGCCGCUGGUACCUCAAAAUCUGGACGCAAGAUAAAGAUCCCGACAAAGUUAAUGGAAUUUGAAAGUGAGGUACUAAGCAGUCCUCGUAAACAUGCUCUUGAAGAUCAAGAUGUGGUUCUUAAGGACAAGCUGACAAAAACUCCUGGUCGCUCUAAGACGCCUGCAAAGUCGGUUGCGAAGAACAUCGGCGUAGAGCAAAACCCACAUCCGGAUGAUGAAGAAAACAAGGGUCUUGCUGUUCGGAAGACACCGGGACGUCGUGCCAAGUCGGUAGCACCUGAUCAGCUGGAGGUAGAUACACCAAAACGUAGAGCUGCAACAUCAUUAUUUAGCAAAGAAACACAGAAGGAAAUUUCAACAUCGGAACAAGCUCCUCCAAAGACGCCAGGAAAACGGGCCGGAAAAGCUUUGUUGGAUUUAAAUGUGAAAGCUACUCCGAAAACACCAGGUCGCCGUGCAAAAUCGAUGGCUCCAGGCAAAGAAGAAGCCGAUGACGACAUACAUCCGGGGAAGAGCAUUUCAGAAACUGCAUCAAAAACUGACAAAAAAGCUACGCAAACUCCAGGGCGCCGUGUUGGCAAAUCGAUGUUAAACGUAGCGGUCACACAAUCUUUUCGCAGUGAGAAUAUGGAUUCGCUGCAAGCUGUUCCGAAAACACCAGGCCGCAAACCCGCUAAAGCUAUAACAGAUACAAGCGCAACAACUUUGGAUGUAGGUACUCCGAGAUCACAGGGGACGGCAAACAAAACUCCAGGACGUCGUCAAAAAUCCGUUGCAGUUGAGAAGUCUGAUUCUGUUGGAGAUGUCACAAGUGUGGCAAAAGCUGAUAUUACAACAGCGGAAGAACCAUUGACUCGUUCGGGAAGAAAGAUAAAACCGAAAAAAGUGUUUGAUUUUGAGCAGGAUGAAAAAACGAUGGACACCAUCAGCACUAACGAAAAUGUUUCUAUCGACAGCACACGAAAAAGGAAAGUGGAUGACAUCGAAGAAGCUACGAAAUCACCUACAAAGAAGAAAAUCAUAGAAAAUGUUGGUGUAGAAACGCCGAAACUUAAGAGCCGAUUAGAAUCAAACCUUUCAUUGCUUGGCACAGAAUCUCCUCAAAUGGAAAAUCCGACUGAUGGAACGGUAUCACGAUCGGGACGGAAGAUAAAGCCGAAAAAAAUGUUUGGAUUCGACGAUGGUGUUGAAACAAUGACAACGUUUGUCCACAUUACAGGUUCCUCACCAGCAUUGGGUGAAGAAACUGUUGUAGCUAAUAACAGAGAGGAGGACAUAUCUACAAUGAAUGUAGUACCGAAAAACACACGCUCUGGUAAAAUUAAUCCUACAAGCACACCAUCAAAGCAGACUACUGCCUUGGCCGGAAUCGUCGAACGAAAGUCUUCCGCUCCACCAAUGGCAAAUGAUCAGAAGGUGGAAGAAUUAGUCGAAUGUGAUGAAAACGAUAAGCAGAAUACAUUCAUUACUAAACGUGGCGAAGACGACCAUCAUCACGUAACCGCUAAAAAACUACAAAGGCAGCAACACCCGAUCGAUGAGACGGAUCGUGCUGUGAUUAUUUUGGAGCCGAUGAUAAUUCGUACAUCUAUUGGGUUUGGUAGACCAACGGUACAGAGACAAACGCUGUCGGAAAAGACGGAUGAAUUGAACGAAGAUGACCGCAGUAAAGUUAAUGAAAACUCUAGUGCCGAUACACAGGCUGCAGGAAGCAGUCGCUCCGGUCGAAAAAUUAAGCCGAAAAAGUUUUUCGAUACAGACAACCAAACAGCAACUACCCGACAGUCGGUUGUUCCACCUAAAGCAAACCAACCCGUUCCAGUGCCUAAAGUAUUAUCACCGAAGAAAAUGCAGGUUGUUGAAAACCAGAAACCAGAAGAACUUAGUAUUACAACAGCGGUUGAUAAUGUUACAGCCGAUGAAGUAAUGCACUCUGCGGAAGGAAUGGACAUUCCAGAAGGUCCUGUUAAACUCGUAAAUGAAGCGACCGUUGAUAACUAUAGCGGCGGCGAUGGUGUAGAGCAAAAACAACAAGAGCAGGUUGCCGUUGCUGAGACGACGGAUCAUAGCGAUGUGGCAAUGGAACCGAUGGAAGAAGAUGUACCGGAUAGGAAAGUUGAGGAGGAUACUGUAGGAUCGGUCACAAUGAAAGAAACAUUAACCGCACAGCUGGUUGAAGAAAACAUGGAUGUUCCGGAAACCCAACAUAUGACGCUAGAAGAAGAAAAACACAAUCAGUUGCCCAAUGAUAAUAUCGCUGAAGUUUCCAAUUCGGAACGUGCAAUUUUACAACACCACGGCGAAGAUUUGGCAUUGAAAGAAUCUUCCUGUGAUACGGACGUUAAGCAAAAUUCGCAAAUCGAAAAUUCUGAUGCAAAGGAAGAUUUGGCACAUACCUUAGCUGACCAUGAAGAGGGAGGCAAUAUUACGGUUGAUCAAAUAGUAGACGAAUCAAAUGCCGCGAUCGAACCACCAUUGCAUGAUGUAUCAUUAGAUUCUGCUGCUGAUAUCAAACCGGAAGAAGAGUCAAAAGUGGUUCCAACCGAAAGCGUCUUUACCUCGAAUGAAAUGGCUAAUGAGGAAAUGCUUCAAGAAGCAUCAUUUGGAAGUAUCGAAUAUUUAGAAGAUGAGAUGAAUAAUGUCGUUGAACACAUUCAUAAACCUUCCCACCAAGAACCAACGGAAGAGGACACUAAAGUGUCCGCACCCGUAAUACCUUCGAUCGUAAUCGCACCGGACACGCCUGCUCGCUUUGCACUGAACGAAACGUACUCACCUGUAAAGCCGAAUAGUUCUAUCAUAGAUAUUACGGCUGACACGCCUGGCCCAGUGGCACCUCACACGCCAGAUUCAAAAUUAACGGCACAGGAAGCGAACGAUAAAUGUUCCCCCGAUAAGCCGCCGGAAGUUAUCGAAAUAAUGGACAGUCCGGCUGAGGCGGCGUUCUGCAAGCAAAUCAACGAUGAGUCGGCACAUGGUGGUGAUGGUGGUGGCAGUGCCACCAGUACACCGUUGGCCGUGAAACCGUCAGUGGUACAGCUAGUAAAUGAAUGUGAGGAUACCAAGCAGCUUAAUGUGCAGUUCGAAAGUCGUAAACGGUCCCUUUCCGCCAGUGCUGCGGACACGACAAUGAAGCGAAAUGUCACUUUUCAUAGCCCGGCUAACUGCACCAUGCUGGUAGAGACGAUCGAUGAACGACUAAUGCUGAAAAGCUUACAGGACCAACAGCAACAGCGACAUGAAACGAUGGAGACCAGCUCGAAAAGCAUUGGAGAAAAGCUGCGCAAGCCUCGAAAGCGUUCACUGUCGGAGCACAAACCAUCGGAAAUGAAACGAAACAAGACCAGCAAGUUGCCAAACUUCAAAUCUAUACACGCAAACCAUUUCAAUCGAAUGGAAUCGCUAGCUGAUUUCAUGAAGCGUAAGGAAUCGCGAGCCAAACAAAUUCUUUCUUCGUGCAGUCCGGCAACAAAGCUACUUUCACAGCCCAUUGCGGAUGGGUCCGUAUCAACUGGAGUUCCAUCGGUGGAAAAGAAAAUUCCCUCCUCAUCAACAAAACCAUUCAUUUUCAAAUCCGCUGGCGGAGGAAUACCGGUGCCGUCGGCAGGACUAUUUACUAAGCGCACCAAGGAAGGCCAGACUGUAGCUAAAUCGGUCGGCUUGGCUGACCAUCAUGCACUAUCCGCUAUAGCGGCAGCAAGCACCGCAAAGAAACCCAUCGCAAGCAAUACGGAAAGAAUGGCUAACCGGUUAAAACAAUUUCAGGCAACGUUUAAGCCGAAACAAAUCGGUACAGAUACGAGCGCUGUUCCAGUAUCCGGUUCGCUAGCAUCGACAAGCACGAAUGUGGUCGGCGUGCUUCCGGUAGAGCAGCUACGCUCGAAGCAAUCCAAAAUAUUGAAAGGUGUUCGUACGAAUAGACGAUUCGAGUUGCAGAUGAAACACCGGGAUAAUCUUCAACACCAGUGAACGGAUUGCAUCGUUCGUGGCCAGUCCGAACGAAUAGAGGUGACCGUAUGUGCACAGUAUCUCAUAUAUUAUUUCUAAUUUUUUUUAUUACGUUUACUAACCGAUGUUAUAAUAUUAACCUUUUUCUAUUGUUUCGUCUUACAAAACAAGACCCAUUUGAUGGAAAUACAAUUCCGCCAAAUCUUGUUUAUUUUUUUA